UCCGACAGUCCAAUGACUCCUGCAAUGGUAAAAACUAACAACGGCAUUCGGCCGCUGCGAAUCGUCUUUCGUGAAUUUGGUUUACAUUUGCUGGCACGCCACGGUUAAAGUCCGACGACCGUCGACCGUCAAUACUGUACCUAUACCAUAGUGCGAUAGUCGUCGGAACCAGCCGAUCCGAAACCGUAAAUUCGCGAAAAUAUAUUAUUAUUAUGGUUUCCGCUUCGCUACAUUUUCAGGCGCGGACAGUCGUUGUCCUAUUACUGUUGCAGUGCUCGUUCGUGGUCAUCGUCCGAGGCUCAUCGCCGCCGCCGCACUAUCCGCCUCUAUUCCAAUCUGCGCUGAAAUAUUUGGGAGAAACACUGGAAUGGGAAUCCAACGAGACCGUCGACAGGGCGAAAGUGAAUCCGGAAUACGAUUUUGUCGUGGUCGGGGCCGGAAGCGGAGGAUCAGUAGUGGCGAGCAGGCUGUCCGAAGUGAAAAAAUGGAGGGUGCUGUUGAUUGAAGCCGGACAACACGCCACACACGUAAUGGACGUGCCCUUGGCCGCUCCGUUUUUGCAAUUUUCCUCGAUCAAUUGGAAAUACAGGACAGUUCCGAUGAAUAAUUCAUGCCUGGGUUUCGAAGGUAAUCGGUGCAAAUUUCCGAGAGGCAAAGUCAUGGGUGGCAGUAGCGUACUGAAUUACAUGAUAUAUACACGUGGUAACAGAAAGGAUUACGACAAUUGGGCAGAUAUGGGUAACACAGGUUGGGAUUAUGACAGUGUUCUAAAAUAUUUCAUCAAGUCGGAAAACGCUAACUUGUCCCACUCCGACCCUGGGUAUCACGGAAGAAACGGAUUGUUGUCGGUGUCUGAUGUCCCGUACAGAACGAAAAUAGCAAAAGCUUUUGUGGAAGCCGGAUCACAAAUAGGACUUCCUGUUGUAGACGUUAAUGGAGAGAAACAAGUCGGGAUAAACUAUUUGCAGACCACCUUGAAAAACGGUCUCCGUCAUAGUGCGAAUGCAGCGUUUCUUUUUCCGGCGAAAAAGAGAUCAAACCUGCAUGUAAAAAAGUUCAGCACAGUAACGAAGAUACUGAUCGACGAAUCGAAGAAGACAGCGAUCGGCGUGGAGUUUGUCAGGGGCGGAAAAAAAACCAGAGUGUACGUCCGGAAGGAAGUGAUCGUUUCCGGUGGCGCCAUUAACACACCGCAGCUGCUCAUGCUGUCCGGAAUCGGGCCCAAGCAACACUUGGCAGACCUUCGGAUCCCGUUGGUGUCAGACUUGCCUGUCGGCGAGAACCUGAUGGACCACGUGUCGCUGGGCGGUCUGGUGGCAACGGUGAACGAUACCGUAUCGAUCAGGCUGCACAAGGUAUUCAGUGAUCCGUUCAUUUUGAACGACUUGCUGCAGAACCACAACGGCAUGUAUACAAUACCGGGUGGACCUGAAGCCCUGUCGUUCGUGGACGUGGACAGUCCGAGUUUGGCGGACGGCCAUCCCAAUCUCGAGCUACUUCUGGCGUCUGGAAUGUACUCGUCUCACGAACUGAUGCCCAAGCUGUGUGGCAUGAGGGAAAAUCUGUACGACGCAGUGUAUCGGGCCACGGAAGGUAUGGACGGGUUCACGGUUUUCCCGAUGGUGAUGCGCCCCAAGAGCCGCGGCCGCGUGUGGCUGAGAGACAGCGACCCGUUCCACCACCCACUGAUCGACCCCAACUAUUUCGCUGAUGAGAGAGACCUAGACGUGAUCGUGGCCGGAGUCCGGCUUGUCCAGCGGAUGCUGCUCACGGACCCGAUGAGGUCACUCAACGCCACGAUCCUGGAAACGCCGCUGCCCGGAUGAGUGCAACAUGUGUUCGACACGGACGAGUACUGGAAAUGUUGCGCCCGCCAGAUAUCGUUCACGAUCUAUCACCUAUCUGGCACGUGCAAGAUGGGACCGGCCACGGAUCCGACGGCCGUAGUCGACCCCAGAUUGCGGGUGCAUGGGGUCGGUGGCCUGAGAGUGGUGGACGCGUCGAUCAUGCCGGAAGUGCCAGCGGCUCACAC